UGUGCAGUUGGGUGGCCGGGGCCAAAGACUACGACAAAACGUAGUGGUUAUAUGCUCAGUGACUACGACUACAUUGCAUAUACGGAAGCGGGGGGCCGCAAAGAGUACCUUGUUAACACAUUGUUACAUAUAUGGGAGCCUGGGAGCCGGCCACAGACUAUUCCGUGGAGCCGGCAGUUCAUUCGUCAUUUUAGAAAGGAGUCAUCUUAAAAUUUUUACUUCACACACCAAAACUAUCCAAUUACUAAAAUGACUCCUCAGUGUCAUAUACGCUUGGAUUCGUUUAGAAAAAACUUUUUUAGUGGAUUUUUGAGAUUGCAACAUGAUGAAGAGUUUGUCGACAUGACUCUAGCUGCAGAAGGGCAUUUAAUACAAGUACAUAGGAAUAUUUUGGCUCUUGCCAGUCCAUAUAUCAAGGAGGUGCUUCAGACUAUUCCUUGUUCACAUCCUGUACUAUUUCUAACACAAAUAAAGAAAGAAAUACUUGGCUAUAUACUGGAAUAUGUGUACACUGGAGAAGUCCAAGUUCCUAGUAUUAGAAUGGCUUCAUUUAUUGAAGCUGCUAAAGCCUUACAUAUUAUUGGAUUAGAAAAUAUGAUUCCUCCAAUUUACAGUGCGUCCUAUCAAUCUGAGGUAUUGAAAACUCUUUCUAAAAGGAACAAAACAGAACUAAAUAAAAUCCAUAGCCUGAGCAGAGUCCCUGAUACAACUGCUGAGACAUAUACCACGCAGCCAACUGUAACACUUUUACCUAAUAAUACAUCAGUUAAUGAUAUGAGUGGAGAUAAAAAUACCAUACAAGAGAACAACUCUGUUGGUAUACUGCAAACUAGUCAAACAAUACAAUCUUGUGAACAAAAUAUGGAAAUAAGUAAUGCAAACCACAAACUACCGGAAGAAAUAUAUAAUGAGUGUUGCGCUAAUAUCCCCAAAGAAAUUAAAAUUGAUUUAGAUACUAUAGAUACUAAUAUUCAACCAGAGAACUCAAAAUCUGAUAUUGGUAUCAAUAAUGUAACCACUGCUAUUGCUACAUACAAUGACACUAAGAAUGUUAAAGAGCUUUGGAGCAUAAAUGAUACAGUAAAUGUUAUGGAUUAUAUGAGUGAAGAAACAAAAGAUUUUGAGCAUAACAUUGUUUGUCCUAGUACAAAUAUGGGCAAUGACAACAACUUGAAAAGCACUAAAAUUGUAACUGCACUUGAUUCAAACGAAACUACAUUGUUUGAUGUUGAAGCAGCAAUCAACUCUUCUACAUCAGUGGAUCCUUUUUGUAAGGACUUGCAACAAUCAACAUCCAACAAUAGUUUUACUGGAAAAAACAUGGAAACAAGUGGAAUUGAGCAAACUUUACCUGAACCAGUUGUCCCUCAUAAUAAUCAACAGUUUAGUUUUGAAAUAACUGCAUCUGGUGCUGAAAGUGAUACAGGCAAACCGAUGACAAUAACCAUCAAUCCUAUAAGAAUAGAACCGAAGCAAAAUUCUGAAACUAAAGAUGCAGCACUCACACAUGAUUGUAGCAGUCCCUUGUACACUGUUUCGAAAAGAGGCAAAUUAAUGUUAAUCCUUAACCGUUAUAUGUACAAUUUACAUCAUUCAACGCAACGCAAACGUAGAUGGCGAUGCAUAGAUUAUUAUUGCCGUGGAAAGCAAUCGUGUAAAGCUUAUGUCGACACAGAAAAUGAGAUGGUCAUUUCCAGAAAAUUCAUGCACGACCAUCCAUUCCAUGAUAAAAAAAUAUUUACUAAAGGACAUAUGGGAAACAUUUACACAUCAAUUAAAGAUGCAUCAAACCAGAAGGACGCUUUGGACGCAUAAAUAAAAAAGUGGAAUAAAGAAGAAAAUGAAUAGUUAAGAUCGUUAUUUAUAUAAUUUUUGUCUAAAUCUCCUGGUAUCAAAUCUUUUGAACAACAGAAUGUCAACUCAACUUCAACUUUUGUAUUUAUGGCUCUGUCGUUUUGCGCGACGAUUUCGCCAACGUCUGGGUUGAACAGAAUGACAACUGUCAAUUUUAGCACGGAUUUUAUUUCACACCCCGCGCAUCCCGUGCCCACCAAUUACACUAUCGUGCUCGCUAUUCGCGUCACCACUCGUUGAAACAAUGCAUGAAACAUUCAUGUCGAGUGGCUGACGCGAAAUACCGUUCACACAUUCGUGUGAUGUGAAAUUAAAACUCUCUAACAUGGAGGAUUUGCAGGCUAUAGCUGCUCUGCAGCGCACUCCAAUUGUGGAGUUUAUACAAUUAUUAGAGAUUCUACGCAAAAAAAAAGAAAAAAGCGUAGGGUGUCAUCACAACAUCCAUUCAAUCUUUUAAAAUAAAAUUAAAAUAGUGCUAUC